AUGGCCAUAGAGACGCACAAACGUUGUGGCGACACAGAUGAAAUGGUGUCGGCAGGUGGGAGGGUGGGGGCGUGUGUACCCGUGCGGGCCUGGCGUACCACGCCCGUGCCAAGCACUGGCCCUCAGGUGCCAAGCACUGGCCCUCAGGUGCCAAGCACUGGCCCUCAGGUGCCAAGCACUGGCCCUCAGGUGCCAAGCACUGGCCCUCAGGUGCCAAGCACCGGCCCUCAGGUGCCAAGCACUGGCCCUCAGGUGCCAAGCACCGGCCCUCAGGUGCCAAGCACUGGCCCUCAGGUGCCAAGCACUGGCCCUCAGGUGCCAAGCACCGGCCCUCAGGUGCCAAGCACCGGCCCUCAGGUGCCAAGCACCGGCCCUCAGGUGCCAAGCACUGGCCCUCAGAACACGACAUCUCCUUCGGAGUGCCUGUCAAGACCACUGAAGUGCCUGUCUUGGGUCUCCCUGGCCCCCGAGGGCUCUUUGGUGGUAGUCACCCUGGCCCCCGAGGGCUCUGUGGUGGUAGUCUCCCUGGCCCCCGAGGGCUCUGUGGUGGUAGUCUCCCUGGCCCCCGAGGGCUCUGUGGUGGUAGUCUCCCUGGCCCCCGAGGGCUCUGUGGUGGUAGUCUCCCUGGCCCCCGAGGGCUCUGUGGUGGUAGUCUCCCUGGCCCCCGAGGGCUCUGUGGUGGUAGUCUCCCUGGCCCCCGAGGGCUCUGUGGUGGUAGUCUCCCUGGCCCCCGAGGGCUCUGUGGUGGUAGUCUCCCUGGCCCCCGAGGGCUCUGUGGUGGUAGUCUCCCUGGCCCCCGAGGGCUCUGUGGUGGUAGUCUCCCUGGCCCCCGAGGGCUCUGUGGUGGUAGUCUCCUUGGCCCCCGAGGGCUCUGUGGUGGUAGUCUCCCUGGCCCCCGAGGGCUCUGUGGUGGUAGUCUCCCUGGCCCCCGAGGGCUCUGUGGUGGUAGUCUCCCUGGCCCCCGAGAGCUCUGUGGUGGUAGUCUCCCUGGCCCCCGAGGGCUCUGUGGUGGUAGUCUCCCUGGCCCCCGAGGGCUCUGUGGUGGUAGUCUCCCUGGCCCCCGAGGGCUCUGUGGUGGUAGUCUCCCUGGCCCCCGAGGGCUCUGUGGUGGUAGUCUCCCUGGCCCCCGAGGGCUCUGGCGUCUCCCUGGCCCCCGAGGGCACUGUGGUGGUAGUCUCCCUGGCCCGCGAGGGCUCUGUGGUGGUAGUCUCCCUGGCCCGCGAGGGCUCUGUGGUGGUAGUCUCCCUGGCCCCCGAGGGCUCUGUGGUGGUAGUCUCCCUGGCCCCCGAGGGCACUGUGGUGGUAGUCUCCCUGGCCCGCGAGGGCUCUGUGGUGGUAGUCUCCCUGGCCCGCGAGGGCUCUGUGGUGGUAGUCUCCCUGGCCCCCGAGGGCUCUGUGGUGGUAGUCUCCCUGGCCCCCGAGGGCUCUGUGGUGGUAGUCUCCCUGGCCCUGUUGACUGCUGAGGAAUUUGAGUUUGUCCCUAAGUACCUCCGAGGUCGUCUCCAGUAUGAUCUCCCUGGCCCCGAGGGCUCUGUGGUGGUAGUCUCCCUGGCCCCCGAGGACUCUGUGGUGGUACUCUCCCUGGCCCCCGAGGUCUCUGUGGUGGUAGUCUCCCUGGCCCCCGAGGGCUCUGUGGUGGUAGUCUCCCUGGCCCCCGAGGGCUCUGUGGUGGUAGUCUCCCUGGCCCCCGAGGGCUCUGUGGUGGUAGUCUCCCUGGCUCCCGAGGGCUUUGUGGUGGUAGUCUCCCUGGCCCCCGAGGGCUCUGUGUUGGUAGUCUCCCUGGCCCCCGAGGGCUUUGUGGUGGUAGUCUCCCUGGCCCCCGAGGGCUCUGUGGCGGUAGUCUCCCUGGCCCCCGAGGGCUCUGUGGUGGUAGUCUCCCUGGCCCCCGAGGGCUUUGUGGUGGUAGUCUCCCUGGCCCCCGAGGGCUCUGUGGCGGUAGUCUCCCUGGCCCCCGAGGGCUCUGUGGUGGUAGUCUCCCUAGCUCCCGAGGGCUCUGUGGUGGUAGUCUCCCUAGCCCCCGAGGGCUCAGUGGUGGUAGUCUCCCUAGCCCCCGAGGGCUCUGUGGUGGUAGUCUCCCUGGCCCCCGAGGGCUCUGUGGUGGUAGUCUCCCUGGCCCCCGAGGGCUUUGUGGUGGUAGUCUCCCUGGCCCCCGAGGGCUCUGUGGCGGUAGUCUCCCUGGCCCCCGAGGGCUCUGUGGUGGUAGUCUCCCUGGCCCCCGAGGGCUCUGUGGUGGUAGUCUCCCUGGCCCCCGAGGGCUCUGUGGCGGUAGUCUCCCUGGCCCCCGAGGGCUCUGUGGUGGUAGUCUCCCUGGCCCCCGAGGGCUCUGUGGUGGUAGUCUCCCUGGCCCCCGAGGGCUCUGUGGUGGUAGUCUCCCUGGCCCCCGAGGGCUCUGUGGUGGUAGUCUCCCUGGCCCCCGAGGGCUCUGUGGCGGUAGUCUCCCUGGCCCCCGAGGGCUCUGUGGUGGUAGUCUCCCUGGCCCCCGAGGGCUCUGUGGUGGUAGUCUCCCUGGCCCCCGAGGGCUCUGUGGUGGUAGUCUCCCUGGCCCCCGAGGGCUCUGUGGUGGUAGUCUCCCUGGCCCCCGAGGGCUCUGUGGUGGUAGUCUCCCUGGCCCCCGAGGGCUCUGUGAUGGUAGUCUCCCUGGCCCCCGAGGGCUCUGUGGUGGUAGUCUCCCUGGCCCCCGAGGGCUCUGUGGUGGUAGUCUCCCUGGCCCCCGAGGGCUCUGUGAUGGUAGUCUCCCUGGCCCCCGAGGGCUCUGUGGUGGUAGUCUCCCUGGCCCCCGAGGGCUCUGUGGUGGUAGUCUCCCUGGCCCCCGAGGGCUCUGUGGUGGUAGUCUCCCUGGCCCCCGAGGGCUCUGUGGUGGUAGUCUCCCUGGCCCCCGAGGGCUCUGUGAUGGUAGUCUCCCUGGCCCCCGAGGGCUCUGUGGUGGUAGUCUCCCUGGCCCCCGAGGGCUCUGUGGUGACCUGUCUUGACACUGACCCCUGUGGCACUGGCAGUCUUGACACUGACCUCUGUGGCACUGGCAGUCUUGACACUGACCUCUGUGGCACUGGCAGUCUUGACGCUGACCUCUGUGGCUCUGGCAGUCUUGACACUGACCCCUGUGGCACUGGCAGUCUUGACACUGACCCCUGUGGCACUGGCAGUCUUGACACUGACCCUUGUGGCACUGGCAGUCUUGACACUGACCCCUGUGGCACUGGCAGUCUUGACACUGACCCCUGUGGCACUGGCAGUCUUGACACUGACCCCUGUGACACUGGCAGUCUUGACACUGACCCCUGUGGCACUGGCAGUCUUGACACUGACCUCUGUGGCACUGGCAGUCUUGACACUGACCCCUGUGGCACUGGCAGUCUUGACACUGACCUCUGUGGCACUGGCAGUCUUGACACUGACCCCUGUGACACUGGCAGUCUUGACACUGACCCCUGUGGCACUGGCAGUCUUGACACUGACCCCUGUGGCACUGGCAGUCUUGACACUGACCUCUGUGACACUGGCAGUCUUGACACUGACCCCUGUGGCACUGGCAGUCUUGACACUGACCUCUGUGGCACUGGCAGUCUUGACACUGACCUCUGUGGCACUGGCAGUCUUGACACUGACCUCUGUGGCACUGGCAGUCUUGACACUGACCUCUGUGGCACUGGCAGUCUUGACACUGACCCCUGUGGCACUGGCAGUCUUGACACUGACCCCUGUGGCACUGGCAGUCUUGACACUUUCCGAGUCCUUGUCGUUUGCUGA